UUUUAUACUAUCACGUUAAGGAGAGCUUUCAACACAACUGUUCUACGUUGCAUAGCUGUCGCCUGAUCACUCAAUAGUGGUAGACAUAAUGCAGCGUGGCUCUACCAACAGAGAACUUCUGGAUAGACUGGAGGAUCAUGCAGAUUGGCUGGUACGAAAAAGUCGACGUUAUCUACCUCAUAUAGCUAGAUUCUGUCUCGUAUCUACAUUUAUUGAAGAUGGUUUUCGACUUUUAACUCAAUGGUCUGACCAAGUGGAUUAUAUCCAAUCUGUUUGGGGAACCCAUGUCAUAUUUGCAGCCUUUUUCAUUUUAUUGAACAUCUGCUUACAGUUUAUUGGAAGUGCUUUUGUCUUGGGUCGUUAUCGAGUGAAAAUUGGUGUUGGAAUUCUUAUGUCAACUGUAUUGUUACAAACUAUUGGUUAUAAUAUUUGGACAAAAGUAUUCUUUAUGCGUAAUCUAUCACUUAUUGGUAGUUUAUUAUUAUUAUUAGCUGAAGUACAACAAGAAACACGUAGUCUAUUAGCUGGUCUACCAUCAUCUGGUGAAAAUACACAUCGACAAUAUAUUCUACUUGGUGGUAGAAUACUUAUUAUUCUAAUGUUUGUCACAUUAAUUCAUUUAGGUAGUAGUAUAUUCUAUGUUAUACAAUCCAUUAGUAAUUUAAUCUUAAUUCUAUUGGUGGCAAUUGGUUAUAAAACAAAACUUUGUGCAACUGUAUUAGUUAUUUGGUUAACUGGUAUGAAUUUUUAUUAUAAUCGAUUUUGGGCUGUUAGUAAUGAUAGUUUAAUGUGGGAUUUUUUAAAAUAUGAUUUCUUUCAAACAUGGUCAGUUAUUGGUGGUUUAGGUUUAGUUGUUGCCUAUGGACCAGGUGGUGUUAGUGUAGAUGAUUAUAAAAAGAAAUGGUAAUAACAACUGACAAUAUAUAAACAUUACAUUCUAUGUUUAUUCUGAUUGUUGUGGGCUAGUAAUAGUCGUAGUAGUUCAUGUAUACAUGAAAUGAUGUAUAUUAUGUUUACUAUCUGAUAAUAACAAUAAUAAUGUACUUGUUUGAUUAGUGCUUUUCUCUUUCAUCUUGUAAACUGUCCAUUUCAUUUAUGGGUCAUAUAUAUAUAUACAUAUACUGGUCAACAAAUGAAAUAAUUAUCAUAGGAUGUAAUUAUUUUGCAACUCUAUAAAAAAAAAACUAUUCUAUAUGUUCUCUUAUUUACAAUUUCUUUUAUUGUCUUUUGUUCAUUUAUUGUUUAUAUUCAAUUCAAGGUUAUCUCUUUUCUUGUUUGUGUCAAUCAAUUUUUUUCUUUUCUUUAACUUAUACAUUGCACAAUCUUCCCCCACCCCACCUUGCGUGUGUGUGUACAGUCUCUAUGUGUAAUCAUGUGUGGGUGUGUGUGCAUGCAUGUGAACAAUCAAUUACCUUCAUUACAUGUUGACUUUAUUCUCUUUUAUUUAUUUGUGGUUCUUUUUUUUUGAAAAUAAAAAUUCUUUUUAUAUCCCUCCCCCCUUUUUCUUACUUUUGUUUUCAUUUUAAUUAUUUUCGAAUAAUAUACAUGGUAUAUAUUAUGUUGUCAUUUAUUGUGACAUUUGUGCGCCCUCCCCUCCUUCUCCCUCCUCUCGAUUAGUUGUUUAUUUUACAGUUUAUCUUGUUUUUUUUUCUUCUCGGUUUUCCCUUUUUCCCUUCAUUGUACCAAAUUUUUGGAUUCAAUUCAUGUAAAAGUGAGAAAAUCAUUUCAUGGUGUUUUGUUUUGUUUGUUUGUUUCUGAGAAAAAGAUUCAUUGACUCAUUUAAAUUAAGCAAUAAGGAUUUGUAGUAAUGAUAAUUCAAUUACUAAACUAUCGUUUACCUUUUAAUGUAUCAUGUUGAUUGGAGUAGAACUUUGUUGCCCCCAAAUGCCUUGGUACGGCCGAAAAUGGGGACAGUCCACUCUCCCUUUCGAAAUGCUCUCAC